UCAAAGAGCCCAAGUUUAAGCCGAAAUCCACCUGAAGACAAAAAAAAAACACACAAAAAAAGUAGAAGCAGCUUUGGUUUUUGAGAUCUCCUCUACUGAUCUAAAGAAGAAGAAGAUGACGGUUUUCCAUUUCUUCAACUGUGCAAUCCUUACAUUCGGACCUCAUGCUGUCUAUUACUCAGCAACCCCUUUGUCUGAGUAUGACACACUGUGGACUUCAAUAAAGGCUGCUGUUGUUUACCUUGUUACCGCACUAGUUAAGCUAGUUUGUCUAGCAACAUUUCUUAAUGUAUCUGAAAGCGAAAGCGACAAUUUUGAUCCAUAUCAGGAAUUGUUGAAGGCUUUAUUUGGGUUUAUCGAAGUUGCAGGCCUAUAUAUUGCAUUGACACAGUUAACACACAGAAAUAUUUCACAGAAUCAUAAGUUUCAAGCUGUUGGACUAGGGUGGGCUUUUGCUGAUUCUGUUCUGCAUAGACUGGUACCUCUUUGGGUGGGUGCUAGAGGAUUGGAGUUCACAUGGGACUACAUCUUGCAAGGCCUAGAAGCAAAUGCGAAUUUGGUUUUCAGUAUAUCACUAGCAGCAUUGGGUUCUCUUAUGUGGCUUCGGAAAAACAAACCCAAGACUUUGAUACCUAUCAUAUAUGCAUGUGCUGGGAUUGUGGCAACAAUGCCAUCCAUAACCAGUUAUCUGAGGCGAGGCUUGGGUUGGCACCUUCCAAAAGUGGUUGGCUUUGAGCUAUUCAGCUCAUUGCUGAUUGCUUUUAUCAGUUGGCAGUUGUUUGUUGCAUGCCAGAGACCGUCUAACUGAGUUGAUUAUUCAUUGGCUUUUCCUCAUGGAAGUUGGCGUACGUUCUUCAGGGAUGAGUAUGUUCUACCCAGUAACUUUCUUUGUCAAGAAAUUUUGAGGGUAUUUGGACUAAAAGCUUUUCAUUGAAUAACUUUAUGUCCUACUUUACCAUUCACUCUGCAAGUCAGGCUUCAUAACCUUGGAAUAUCUUACGACCAAAUUCGACGUGGAGGGAAUUCAUUGGUUAGCAAUUUUGACAUGUACCGGUUUAUGAAAGAUUAGAAUAUAUUGAAUCAUUUGACAUUUACAUGUCUGAAUAUUUAGUACAUUUCUGAGUUCCACCAAUGAUCCGUGAGUGUUCCUGCACAAAAAGUGCUUUGUAUGGAUAGAGUUGUUGAUUCAUUUUUUCGCAAUGUGUAGUUUUUUGUGGCAUGGA